AUGAGCACGAUGAAAACAUUGAUCACCCUUGCACUCAUAUUACUUGUACGUAGCAUGCUGAGUCAAAGUUUGAAAAUUGAAGAUCUUUGCCAGUUCAUAGCAGACGAUUUUACUCCCGAGGUGUUUGAGGGACAAAAUCGAGCAGAUGCAAAUAAAGCCAUGAAAAAAAUAUUUUCGCUUUCUAAUCAGAACCUAGUAAACCAAGCCUAUGGAAUUAACUCUGAGGUCUACGAUAAAAUUAUGGACACAAUCAGACAGGUCUCCGAUUUCAAUCCAUCUUCUGUUUAUAAGAAGGUAACGAAUCUGAAAAUCUUGCCAUCAAAUACAGACCUAAAAGCUUUUGGAAAUCAUACAAACUCUGUCGUUUUUUAUUGUGGAUUUACAAGACAUGCAAUGUUGUGUGAAAUUUUCAAGGUCGCCUCUCCUGAUCCCAAACAUGAGUAUUUAUGGAAAGUUCUUAUUUACAACAGUGGGGAUGGGUUAGAAUAUCACCCAGAAUACCAUGUUGGUCCAAGGAAGCAAUAUUCACCAGUUGUCAUAUACGAAGGUCCUCCGUUUCUUAUCAAUGAAGCCUGGGUUGAGGCUGCAAUGAAUUUUGGCUGGUAUGAAAAGGUUAUCACGAACUUUUAUCCCAGACUGUUGGGAGCUUUUGAUCGGUCAAAUGCAACGUAUAACGCAUUUAUUGAUCCAAAAAGAAAGAGACCCUGUGCUAUUUCCUCAUAUCGCGCAUAUUUUACCUUCAAACUCAAUGUGAGCGUAUGCAAAAUGAUUUUUUCAGUUGCAUCGUUAAGUGGCCUGCAGCAUUUUGCAUCUGGGAGCUUUUUAGAUCUUGUUUCAAAAAAAUAUCUCUCCAAUUGCCAGAAAGUUUUUGGAUUCAAUUCCAUUUCUAUUGAAAGAAAGACGCGAAAAAAUUGA